CACUGCCAUUCUCGCCCAAACGCACACAACACACGAUGCGACGAGUAGUACGAGCUGAACGAGCCAUCGGGCGCAUCCUGUCAACACCGUCUUCGACGCAGUUUACUUGCGCCGCCUGCCGCCAACAUGCUGCUCCCUUCUCGACUCGCGCGAGCUUAAAAGCCGUCGACAUGGAGAAAUGGCGCAAGAAGAUCUGGGGAACAGACAAGCCGCCCGGUGCUGCAGACCCUUACGGAGGGCCUGGUGCAGCAGAAAUAUACGAGGCUGAGAGAAAAGCAAAGAAAGGAGAAACUGCCGUCGAAGAGACUUCGACUACACCCGCUGCGGAUUGGGAUAUGUCCGCAUACGAACCGGCAGAUAACUGGGCUGGGUUGGAAGAGGUUGGAGGAAGGGGAGUCUGGUGGAGUGGGAGGGAGGAACCCAAUUACGCUGGAUACAUCCCGCAGCAGAAGGUUACGGAUCCAUACGAGCUGACUGCGGCCCUACAUCGCGCUGUGAUCGAAGUAUUCGCACUUCGUGAUGCGGAGCAACCAUUGUCCAAACUCGCCAAUUCCGAUGUUGGACCUGAUCUCACGACCGAAGUACAGAUCGUCAUGGCAGAUGGAGGAGCCAAGCUGAGCCUCCCGCAAAACAUCGGUUUACAGGAGAUUGCAGAUUCCCUGGCGCCGAGGGUCCAGGAGACUGUCGAGGAGGCAGUGGUUGAGGAUGAGACAGCCGUUAAGACUGACCCAACAGAAUCAGAGGAGGACGUCGCUGCAGACAGAUCCGCUGUUGACCCUCUGCACCAAGCGCAAGUACAGAGUGCAGUUGAGAGUUGGGACCCAACCUGGCUCAGUGUCUCUCUCAAUGACCCAGAAGUCAAGUUCACUGUUGUCAAGCGCGUGUUGCAGCUGACCGGAAUCCGCAUGUCUGAUUCAAACAUCAAUGCCUCCAAGAACGCAUCGGAUAUUUUGGGAUUCAUGGCGACACCACCUAAGCCAAAGAAGGUUAUCGAGGCCCUCGCACAAAGGCACACUCUCUUCGAUUUGCCCAAUGUUAAGGUUCACGCACGGAGAGUGACCCCGGUUGACAAGGAGAAGUCGGUGGGGAGAUGGAAGGUCAUUGAGAAGGAGCUGGAGGCGAGGGGGCUUCCUGUUCUGGGACAUAGUAGGAACUAGAUAUUGGGGCUGUGGAUGGUGUAUAUUAUUGUAGGCUAGCGAAAUGUAGAUGUAU